AGUUACAAGUGAAACUCUGGAGACAUAAUCUGAGUUGUGAAUAAAGUAAUGGCUACUGCUAAAUUCAAGGAAGCUUCACCAUUCACAAAGCCACGUCCCCCAGCGCCCGCAGAGGAUUACCUCUAUAAAAUAUUCGAAGAUGAUUUGGCUCUUAAAUGUGAAUCACAAUCUGAUCCGAUACUCAAAGUCGCCAUCUUCGGUAUUGGUCGUGCUGGGACUAUCCAUCUGGCUAAUAUCGUGGAAAGCCCAAGAGUGAAGCUGCUCUACGUAAUUGAUGAUAUGGAAGAGAAAUGGCCGAAAAUUAAAAAGCAUUUCCGACUGAAUGAUGUUACUUUCCUAAAUAGCAAGCAAGCAGACGUUGUAUUUAAAGAUUCUCAUGUGGACAUCAUUGUGGUAGCAUCACCAACGUACACCCACGAAAACAUCGUAACAAAAGCACUCCAAAGUAAAAAGAGUGUAUUCUGUGAGAAACCCGUGGCGGAAGAUCGCAAGAGUUCUGAAAAAUGUUUCAACGUGGCUAAAGAAGUUGGCCGACCACUUUUCACGGCCUUCAAUCGUCGUUUCGAUCCUAGUUAUGGUACUGUGAAAGAGAGAGUUCGCAAAGGAGAAGUUGGGCAUGUGCAGAUCAUGUCAAUUACUUCCAGAGAUUCACCGAUGCCAACAAUCGAGUAUCUGAGGGAUUCUGGAGGCAUUUUCCAUGACUGCAUGGUGCAUGAUAUCGAUCUGAUGACUUGGCUCCUUGGCGAAUACCCAAUCAAGGUUUCGGUUCAAGCUGUUGCCAAUUUUCCCGAAGUAAAAGCAAUCGAUGACGUGGACACCGUUGUUGCAACUCUUCAAUUCCCUUCAGGUACUCUAGGGAUGAUAAAUCUGUCUCGGAAUUCAGCUUAUGGAUACGACAUGCGUAUUGAAGCGUUUGGACCGAAAGGAAUGAUCCGAGCUGAGAAUGAACAACCAAUCCACUGCGUAGAGACUCAAUACGGUCAUGAUGGACCUAGACAUGCACCCAUCUGGUACUCAUUCCCGAGCAGAUUUCGAUUGGCAUAUCGUAGAGAGAUGGACAACUUUCUGGAUAUUGUUUUGGGUAAACGCGAGCUUAAUGUGAAACCCCAGGAAGUCCUUGCUGUUUCUCGAAUUGCUUCGGCUUGUGAAGACUCUGCCAGGACUGGAAAAAUGAUUGAAAUCAAGUGGAAUGCUGGAGAACUCCCAGUCGUUCAGUGAAUAAUUGAUGUACGCAAAUGUUCAAACAAAACACUGUGACAAUAAUUCCUCCUAUAAUUUUCAUCUCUUUUAAUUUCAUCUUGCCUGCAAUGAUUGAUAAAGGAAAUUACAUUAUGUAUAAAGCAGUACCAUCGCAGACA